AUGCAGAGCACACCUAAGAAAUAUCCUGUGGAGCGGAUUCUGAAGCAUAAAGAGAUAAAUGGCGUCAGAUGGUACCUCAUCAAGUGGGAGGGUUAUCCCAUUCAUCGAAGUACUUGGGAAACUGAGGACUACCUGGAUGUAAGGUGUUAAUUGCAAAUGCUUUUUCUACCAAUUACUUUUUUCAUUUUUUUUUCAAAAAAAUAUUUUCCUCGAAUGCAAGAGUAUAUUAUACACAUGUUAAAAAUUUUUCUUGUCUAUUUUUUUUAAUACUUCUCUUCAGGAAUGUCGGGAGACGUUGAUGGACUAUCAGCUGAGAUGGUUUGGGAAGACCCUUCUGCCCGCUAAGAAGAACAUGAAGUAUGGAACGUAAGUGGCUUUACUUGCAAAACCAAAGCAUAGCUACAGACCAAAGCAUAGCCUUCAAUGAGUUAUGUAAUUCAUCACGGCUAAUUCUCCUUUCAGAGAUCACUAUGUGCUCUUCGCCGAUGAAGACACGUUUACCCUUGACAGCGAAGAAUCCCGCCCCUUGCCGGCGUUCACAAAUCUGGAGACUCUUCUUAGUCCAUCGGAGGAAUCAUCUGGUUUUGAUUCAGACUCGGCACACACGAGUAAGAAGAAAUCAAAAAGAAGAUUCAAAAAGAAAAAGAGGGACACAUAUAAAAAGGAUAAGAAAGAUAAGUCCAAGCGAAAAUUGACAAAGAAGAGUCUUUACCAGAGGAAAACGAGGAAUCAAAGAGAACGGUUACGAGAAAAACAGGAAAUGAUGCCUAGUACAACAUUAAAACCAGAGCUCUCCGAACUCGAAAAUGAGGAGAUUCCAGUGAAAAAGCUGAGGAAGAAUAGGAAAAAUGGAUGUAAGAAGGUAGGAGAUUUUUUUUUCAAAACUAAAGACAGACAAAAUUAAAUGCAGAAAAAUCAAAAUGACAGAAAAAUAUUGAUUUUUCUGCAUAAGCUCUCUCAUCUACAUAAAUAGACUCAAAAUGUAAAUGUCCAUUCACGUCUUCUGUUUUAUGUUCUGGAUUAUGAAUUCGUGUUUUGAUCUACAGCGGGUUUAAUUCUGUUUGCAAAUUUCAGAUUUACAAAAGCGCAACGAAGAUUAAGAUGGCUCCAAUUGCAUUUGUUGCUGCUGAUGAUGAGGAACAGAUGGUGCCACAGGAUCCGUUCCAAGGAUCUCCAGAUAACAGAAGAACAGCGGCUCAUCGUCCUUUGGCUAGAGAGAGUUCGGACGAGAACGACGUGCCUUGCGACCCAGAAAUGCCUAGGAAUUCUCAACCGUCAUCAUCCAAUGAUCAAGUUGGAGACGUGAAUGUUCAUUUGGACAAUAACCGUGUAAGUCGAUAAUUUCAAUCUAAAAAUUUUAAACGUGUUGAGUGUUUUGGCGUUUCCAUAAGUCAAAAUUUCCAAAUUGUCAAAACCUUAUUUCUUUUUGGGUUUGAAACCACUUAAUUUCUUGAUUUCAGCGCGAUUUUCAUCCAGAGCAAAUGAUGGCCGAAGCCCGGCAAAACGAGCAAGAUAUUCCUCUGAUGGACCUUCCUGGAAUUAGCAACAUGUUGGAGGUAUUGCAACAGAUGAGAAGACGUAUGGAGGAAGAAAACGAUCUGAUGUGGAGAUACGAUGGCUCAACUGUGUCGAGAGAUGAGAUCCGUGAGGCGAUUCGAAGUGGCCGAGGAAUCCGGCAAUUCUUACCGCCGAUGACUGAUUAG